GCUCGACGUUGCUUAACUUCGGUGAUCAGACGAGAACCGGUGUUCUCAACGUGAUAUGGUCGUAAGCUGAAAGAAUUGGUCGAAAUUGAAAUAUUUAUACGGAAAAAAACAUUGAAUAAAUAAAAAACAAGUGUGAAAAAUUUUCCGAAAAUAAUCAAUAUGGGAAAAGUUUUUGUAUAAACAUUUCGGCAAAAAAAUUGAAAUGCCUGAUUUGAUUAGUAUAAUAAUUUGUGUUAGAAAUUCGGAAAAAUAUCUUGAAGAAUGUCUUGAAUCAAUUGCCCAGCAAAAUUUCGAUCAUAAUUUAUUAGAAUUAUCUAUUUAUGAUGAUGGAUCAUCAGAUCGUUCAUUAGAUAUUAUCCGAUCAUGGUAUAAUCAAUAUUGUUCCACUCAUCAUCAAGACAAUAGAAUUCGAUUGAUAAUCAAUUCAAAUCCGGAUAAAGAUAAACCAAAAGAUGAUAUAAUGGAUCCGGAAAGAAUUCAAAAACAAUAUGAAAUUUGUAAACAAAAUCCUGAUUGUAUUGUUGGUUGUAAAGUUCGAAGGAUUCCUGAAAAUUCAACACCACGUUAUAUUGAAUGGGCAAACAAUUUAACCGAAAAUCAAUUAACCCAGCAGAUUUAUACUUGUUUUGGACCAACCAUAUUGAUGCCAACAUGGUUUUGUACACGACAAUGUUUCGAUAAAAUUGGUGCAUUUGAUCAAUCGGAUUCGAAAGGCGUACCAGAAGAUUUAAUUUUCUUCUAUAAACAAAUUCGCAAUGGUGGUGGUAUCAAAAGAGCUGAUGAUAUUCUACUAACAUAUCGUUAUCAUUCAGAAGCGACGACAUUUUCUGUUUUGGAUGAAACAAUUUGGAAUAUUCGUUUGGCUGAAUUGGAAAAAAAUGUACUUAGCAAAUGGAAUCAAUUUAUGAUAUGGAAUGCCGGUAAAGAAGGUCGUCGAUUUUAUCGUUGUCUUUCCGAACAGAAUCGUUCAAAAGUUCAAGCAUUCUGUGAUGUUGAUCCUAAAAAAUUAGCUAAAAAAUUCUAUGUUUAUGAAACUUGCAUUAAAGGCAUCAAAGAUAAACCAAAAAUUCCUAUCAUACAUUUUUCCAAUCUUAAACCACCGAUCGUAAUUUGUAUCAAAUUAGGCUUAACAAAUGGUCAAUUUGAACAAAAUCUUCAUUCAAUGAAUCUAAAAGAAUCAAUUGAUUUUGUACAUUUUGGUUGAGAAAACAAAAUAAAAAUAAAAAUAAUUUUUAAUAUAUCAGAUAUAUAUUGUCUUUAUCUCGGGCUCGCUUUACUUUCUAUCGUUUUCUUCGCGAUUAUCAUUAGCUUUCAAGCGGAAUCCGAUGAACGUG